AUGGCUGGCCCAGACCCCAAACGCAUGUAUCUGGCGAUCAAUUCGCAAAAUAUUGAGAGCCUCAAGGCUGAACGGCCCUAUUGGAGCAAACCAUUUGUGUUUGUGACCCCCUCGGGAACGGGUACGAAGUACACUUCCCUGCAGGCGGCAAUGAUGCUUCAGAAGAUGAAGGUGGUCGACUUCCUUAUUGAUCAGCCAUCGGUGGAUUUAACCGUAAAGAGCACUGACGGGAAAAGCACGCUCAUAAUUGCCGUCGAAGCAAAAAUGAAAGUUUCCGUUCUGGAAAAGAUUCUUCGUAAACUAGAGCUGCGUUGUCUUGCUGAAGUGGACCCUUCGGGCAAAGGACCAGUCGACUAUGCUGUCCCUGGAUCUGAUGAGUAUGAGUUCUUACACUCUAUGGGCUGCAAGACGAAACAGGAGAAAGAGGCCGCAAUUGCUGGAUUCUUUGGGGAGGACGUUAAAGGUACAGUUCCGGGGGUUUCUGAACACCAACGAAGGCGAAAGAAAGGCGGCGCACGCGAACAGAAAUCAACCAAGGAAGGCAACAUAGCGCCUAGUAGCCGCUCGGCUUCAGAAGAAGACAACAGUGACCGAGCAUCUGAUGCCCCACACAGUAACGUUGAGGAGGUGGAGAGCACAUGGAGGCACUUCGACGAUAUCGACGAACUGGAAACGGCUCUAAAAGCAUACAUACAUGAAUGGGGAGACGACCACGAAGAAGGCAAAAACUGCGCUCACUGGUUGCGAAGUGUAUCACGUGCUAGGGAAACAGGCAAGACUAAAAAAUUGCUGGCGAAGUGGAACGCUAGUAUGGCUCUGAAGGAAAAGGAUGAUGACGGUGCAAGGGACGGUGGGAAGGACUCAACUUCCAGGCCAUCCAAGGGAAAAUCGAGUAAAAGGUCUCCUUCAGCUGGAAGCUCGGAGGGGGAUCCUACACAAACUCAGGGACACUGCAAAGGGUCGACUAUGCUGGAUCCUGAAGCGGUCAAACUGUUUUUCGCUGGAAAAGCAGAGGAUCAGGUAAAUCUGAGGCACAAGGGAAAGCCAUCCCACCGCCUUACAUUUGUAGUGACUCCGCGGUCUGCUUCAGUAUGUUCUGAGAAACGUACUACUACAGAGCACAAGUAA